AUGGAGGGAAGCAUCUCGCCGCUUUGCGUACGCUCUUCGUCGACUCUGUGUUACUUCUCAAAUAAUGUUUCGCUAAAUUCUCACCGUUCACUAGGAUUUAUAUUUGUGAUUCUCUCCGGCGACGAACUGUGUAUCCCUGCGAACGGAAACAGACGGUUGUUUCUUUCUCCGACGAGAGGCGCUCUCCGUACGCCGACGCUUACCGCGGAAGAAGUGAAAGAUGUCCCGAUGCCAAAGAUUGAUAAGAGCUGCCGAUUGAGCAGUCCCCGCGCCGCCCGCGAGCUCGCUCUAAUCGGAACUGUUUGA